CUCACCUCAAGUCAUCACACAAACUUGUUGCUCUCCACACACCCAAAGCUAAGCUCUCCUGCAUCCACCCGUUGAGUUUCUGCCUCUGCUGACCUGCUGAGGACCAGUGACACAUCACACCAUGCUUGCUGCUAAGUGUUUGGUGUCUCUGAUGGUGGUGCUCGUGGCUGCAGCGUGUGUGGUCCACGCACAGGAGAGGAUUAAGAUGUGCGGGAGGGAGCUGAUACGUGUGGCCGUCUCAACCUGUGGGAACUCACGUCUACGGAGAAGCAUCGCCGAUGGAGAGCUUGGCCAACAUCAGCUCACUCGUCACUGGGGCCAUGAUGCCUCCACAGAGGAGCACUUGACUACAGAGACAGCCCAGGUCCCUCUAGAGUCUGACGGGGAGAAAGACACCCUGUCCUUGGCUCCUCACUGGUACCCACUGUCUUCUCGGGUCCGUCGAGCACCUGGAAGAAUAUCUGACAUUUGCUGUGAGAAGGGCUGCAGCAUGAAAGAGCUUAUACAGUUCUGCUAGACUUAGAUUCAGAUUAGAAUGAGUUUGCUAUUUGUCCCAGUCAUGUUGUAUUCAGGUUAACACUGCACUUCAGUCAUUUUAGGUAUUUAUAAUAAAUUGUUUCUGUAUCAUUUUCGUUAUAUGACGAAGUGAAAUGAUUACUUAUUUUGUACUAUCUUUAUUGUAGACGGCAAUAAAGCUUUUGAUGCUUA